GAUUAUAAAUAUUACUGCAUGAUCCCCCAAUAUAUUGGAAUUUAUCAUUCACUUCAAUUUUAUUCAUCCUACAGAAAAUUCCCCAACUUUGAAUUUCCCAAGCCGCACCCUCAGACCCUCCAUACUCUCCUACCCUUCAUAAAAUAUCUCGUCUUCCAUAACUUCCCACCUUCAUCAUGUCUGGAGGGGUCUUUUCCGAGACGCUCCAGUCCAUCACUACUACAAAGCUUACUGAGAUUUCCAAAAAGCGUCAUCAUUUCGAAAGCCAAAAGGAUGCUCUCUUUCAUAACCUGAGCAACGAGCUCGAUCAACGAAAAAGACUAAAGCUGUUAUUGGAAGGUGUGAAGCAAAGCUUUGCAAUCACGACGCCAAUUACGGAAAAGCGCAGUCAUGGCAAUGUCACAAAGUUAUCUCCGCUUGAACUGCUUGUCAAGAAUCUCGAGAAGUUUAUCGCACAAGCUGAAUAUGAUCCAUCCAUCUCUGAUAAGACUCUAGAGCAAUGGGAAAAAUAUUUGGUACGCCAUAUUAAUGUGCAAUCAUCAAAACACCAGUAUGCAACUUUGUAUGGUGAGUUGGUUACAGAAUGGCUUUCAGCAGAGCAACAACAGAAAGCCGUUGAAGUUGUCAAUGACACUUCAGAAAUCGAUGAAGAGUUUCACAAAGUCAAGAAGGAGAGUGUUGCUAGGACUGAGGGACGAACAAAUUGGGAAAAUCUGGUCUUCCAACCAUUCGAAACCGAUCAUAAAGCAAUUACGACAUACUUGACUAACCUGUUUGGAAUAAAUGGGGAGAAUGGACAAGCCAGGAAAGCCUUAAAUGCUUUACGAAAACAGGUUGAGACAUUCGGAAUUACCUUGUCUGCACCAGAUCAAUUUAAUCCUACUGUUUUGCGUUGGACUAUCAAUGGCCUUAUAUCUUCCGGUCUUCUAUCGGAGGAAAAGCGUGCGGCGCUGAAGGAUUUUCUUGCUAGUCCCGUCAUUCUUACAGAAGUUGCAGAUGUUUUGAACAUGCGUCUUGCAUCCAUAGAUAUGUGGGAAUGGAAUAGGGACAUUCCUGUUGAGCAAAGACGACACCUCAAUGGUACAUAUCAUAUGUUCAUCGACGAAGAUCUCCUAGAGGCACUUUUCCUUCAAUAUAUUGGUGUUAAAUGGUCUGUUUUCUUCAAGAAAGCCUUUAGAGAUUUCUCCAAUUUCGAUGGAGCAUGGUCAAAACUGAAUAAACCUAUUCCCCCAACUGAUCAGGAGAGAAUAGACUUCUAUCUAGGACCAUCAUACAACCAUCGGGGAAGUGUUAUGGAGAAGCGGGAGGAACUUUACAAGUCCAUAUACUUCAUGUCUCAGCUUCCCGAUUCGGAAGAUGAUGGGCAAGCAGAUCAGGACGGAGUUGAAGAAGCCAAUUAUGCUAUUCCUGAGUUUUCCCGACAGCAGAUAACACAGGAGUUGUCCCUGAGUCAGGGACCAGCUAUGUCUCAGCGUAACUACAUGCAACCACAGCGAGCUCCACCUCCUCGGCCCAAGUUAAAUACGGCAAGGACAAAUGGACACGCACAGGAACUUCGCUUUGCUGCAGAUUCACUUAAAGAUUUUGAUUUUGAUACUUUUUUGAACGCUGAUGAAGGGUAUUCCGAUAAGUUGCCCAAAACACCUAUGGAGAUCAAGCAAUUCAUACUCCAUUUACUGUCGACUGAGAUUAUCAUUAAUACAAAGCUUCAUGGCGAGAUAAGCUGUGCUCGCUCCGAAUUUGAGUCAUUUGGUCCAUCAUUACCCCAUUCCACUAUCUUCUGUGUUCUUGGGUUUUUUGGUUUGUCAGCAAAAUGGUCGAGAUUCUUUCAAAAGUUUCUUGAAGUUCCACUGAAAUUUGUCGAUGAUGAUAUAUCCUCAGAAGCUCGCAUUCGGAAGCGUGGUGUUCCCGAAGCUCACGCCUUAUCUGCUGUUUGCGAAGAAACCAUUCUUUUCUGUCUCGAUUACGCCGUGAAUCAAAGCACAGACGGAGUUCAACUCUACAGAAUGCAUGAUGACUUUUGGAUUUGGUCGCCUGCUCAUCAAUCUGUUGUCAAAGGAUGGAACUCAAUUCUCCAAUUCUCAGAAGUCAUGGGAGUUAAGCUUAACAAAGGUAAAUCUGGAUCUAAACGCAUCACAUCUAGUGGAUCUAAGCAACCUAUGGACUCCUCUCUUCCUCCCGGAGACAUUCGCUGGGGUUUUCUCAAACUAGAUCCUACCACCGGUCAUUUUACCAUAGAUCAACCUAUGGUCGACCAACACGUCUCAGAACUUCAAUCUCAACUUCGAGAUAAGAAAAGUGUCUUUUCAUGGAUCCAAGCGUGGAACACUUAUGCUGGCCGCUUCUUUACUUCGAACUUCGGAAAGCCGUCAAAUUCUUUUGGGCGUGCACAUGUUGACGCCAUGCUAUCAAGUUUCCGACAUAUUCAAAAUCUCAUCUUUGCCAAUACAAACCUGGUUUCAUACCUCAAAGAUACUUUGAGAGAGAGAUUUGGUAUCAAAGAUGUACCUGAUGGAUACCUUUACUUCCCAACUAGUCUUGGCGGUCUUGAGUUGCACAAUCCCUUCAUUGGACUUCUGCAAUUACGAGAUGGGGUGUAUGAAAACCCAGAAGCAUUGAUGGAUAAUUUACUUGAGGCAGAGAUUGAAUCGUAUAGAGUAGCGAAGGAUAAUUUCGAAAAGAGAGCUUCUCAAUACAAUAUUCGAGCGGCGCGUCGGUGGCAAUCGGAAAAUUCCAAUCCUCGUGAUUUGCAAGAAUUUAUGUCUUUUGAAGAGUUCACCCGAUACAGGGAAAGAACUCGUGGUUUUGGGCAAGGAACUUUACUUGAGGUCUUUGAGAAUUUACUCAAGCAACCAAGCAAAGAAUCCGCGGAUUGGGACGAGUAUGAUAACAUUCUAGCAAAGGCAAUCGAAGGUGGAAUUUCCUCGGCAUUUGAGGGAAUGGACAUGGGAUAUUGGAAAUGGGUUGUGAAGCUUUAUGGGGAAGAAAUGAAAGAGAGAUUUGGUGGAUUGGCUGUUGUGGAUAAGGGUUUGUUGCCCACCGGGAUGGUUAAUUUGGUAAGAAGUGGAAAGGUUCAAUGGCAGGGUUGAUGCAGAAAUGAGAAGAUCGAUGGAAAAUUGAUUGGAAGUGAUUUAAUGGACAUUUCUUUGCAUGUUUGAAUGAUGAUUAAUUUACCUAGCGGGUUUCGGAAGGGCAAAAGGAUCGAAAACUAAAUUGACAAAAGAGUUUGAAGGAGGUGGAGUGCGUUGCUAUUAAUUUUGACCAGAAAUUGGAUACCUAUCAAUCUAAUUUGAACA